AUGUACCGUAUUACGGCCGUAUUUCGCCGUGUCGUAUACGGCCGUAAUACGGUACAUGGAAAUACGGCUGGUUUAUGGCCGUUUACGGUCGCUGUAAUGCUCGCUCUGGGUUCCUUUCCUACCCCCAUAAAACUUACUUCACUCUCUUCCUCAAAAGAUUUAUCAUUUCAUGGUAUACCAUUAUUGUCUUCUAUUCAACCGUCUUCUACUCCCAUUACUUCCGAUCUUGAUUCGAUUCUUCAAAAUUUACUAUGUCAUAUCCUUGACGAUAAAGAGAAACUUGAUUUUUUGACUAUUCUUCGGCAGCAUUCUCGUGUAUUUGACUCAUCUAAACAUAGUAUUGCUAAAACUCACCUUCCUCACGUCAUCGUUACCGGCGAUCAUCCACCUAUCACUAUCCGCCCUUAUUAUCGUACUGUUGCACAACGUAAAGAACUUCAGACUGAAGUCGACAAACUGCUCUUGGACAAUAUAAUUCGUCCUUCCACUUCUCCAUGGUCUUCUCCUGUCGUCCUGAAGAAGAAGCCUGAUGGUACCUAUCGAUUUCUAGUAGAUUUUCGUCGACUUAAUUCGAUAACCGAUAAAGAUGCUUAUCCACAACCUACUGCUGAGGAACUAAUUUAUCGUAUCUCUGGGCAUAGUUAUUUCACUAAACUCGAUUUGAAGAGUGGUUACUUCCAAAUCCCUAUUGCCGAAUCUGAUAAAGAGAAAACUGCUUUUGCCACUCCUGAUGGACAUUAUGAAUUCAAUGUACUAGCUCAAGGUCUCAUGAAUGCUCCUGCUAGCUUCCAACGCGUCAUGAAUAAUCUAAUAGCAACUGGUCGUUGGGAUUACAUAGUAAUUUAUCUUGAUGAUAUCGUCAUUUUUUCUCAUUCUCUAGAAGACCAUAAACGUCACGUCAACGAAAUUUUAUCUAUCCUUGAUGCCGCUCAUUUUAAAGUUUCUCCUUCCAAAUGUACAAUCGCUGUUCAAAAAAUUGAAUUUCUCGGUCACAUCAUUACACCUACUACUGUUGAACCAUCUUCAGAAAAACUACAAGCUAUACUUGAUAUUCCACCACCUUCUACUUUGUCACAAGCGAAUCGUUUUCUUGGUAAACUUGGAUACUAUCGCAAAUUUAUACCUUUUUUUUUUGCCCGCAUUGCCGCACCUUUACAUAAAGUUACCAAUAAAACUCGUACUAAACGACAUGAAUUUUAUUGGCAUCCUGAACAACAAGCUGCUUUUGAAGAAUUCAAGAAAAUUCUCACUACUGCUCCGCUUUUUCUUCAUUUUCCUGAUCCUUUGGUACCCUUUAUUUUAUCUACCGAUGCUAGUCUUACUCUUAUUGCUGGUGUUUUAAAGCAACAAACUUCAACUGGUCUCAAGACCUGUUAUUAUAAAUCUCGGUUGCUUGCUGAUAUCGAACGUCGAUACUCCGCUACAGAACGUGAAGCACUUGCUAUAUGUUGGUGUCUAGAUCAAUUACUUUCAUGCAUUGGCAACUCCUCUAUCCUUAUUGAAAUCGAUCACAAACCACUUGCCAACGUGCAUAAAAAGCAUUCAUUUGGCAAUAAACGUAUUGAUAAUUGGCUUUUAAAAUUACAAGAUCUUUUGCCUCAAAUUCUUGCAAUAAAAUAUCGUAAAGGUGUUGAUAAUGCUGGUCCUGAUUUUUUAACUCGCUAUGAACCAUUGGACUCCUCUUUAUCUACUAUUCCUUCUUCUCUCUAUCUUCCUGGUUCUUCUUCCAAUUCUUCACGUCCGCUACCCCAACGUACUUCAUCCAUUCGUUCUCAUCCAUCUGAUUCAUAUUGGUCAUCUGGUACUGAAACAUGGGAUCCAAUUGUUCUCUCCCCAGUCGUCACUCGAUCCAAGUCUCGUGCCGUCUCUCGUCCGCAAUCUCCUAAUCGUUUAUCUAAUGACAAUGAUGCUGACGACUAUUUUGAUGCUCUUACUGGUACUGCUGUUCCGACUUCUUCUCCUACUACCACUACAUCCUUUUCUUCUAAUAAUUCUCCGAUCGAUCUUAGUCUCACUCGCAUCAAAACUGAACAGCAUUCUGAUCCACAGAUCUUACAUCUUAUUCAACAGCUCCGUAAAAACAACUGGCAUUCUCAUUUUAUUUUAAAGGAUGGCAUUGUCUUCCGUAUCGUUUCUGGCUUGGAUACCACUCAUUCCUCCCAUGUUCCUUACCUUCCAAAAUCCCUUAUUUCCUUAGUACUCCGUACCUAUCACGAUCAUCCUCUAAGUGGACAUUUUGGUGUACACCGUACUCUCUCUCGUAUUUGUGAUCGCUUCUGA